CCGCUGCAGCUUGCCUCCUGCCCCUUUCGAGUUUUCCUGCAUCCCGUUAUGGUGGGAAGGUUAUUUCUUCCCAUCUCUGCUGGGAAGGAGGACUGAGCACAUCCCAGAAAAGAUGGAGAAACUCUUUUGACCCGAGGAUAAAUUCUGGAAGACCUGAGUCUCUUUCGCCUGGCAGGGUCAGAGCAGCCCCACUGACAAGGAGCAGAGGAGAGGAGCCGCCAUGCCUUCGGACGAGGCUUCUCCGACCAGCCACCCACCCAAGCCCGUGAAACAGAAGCCCUCGAAGGCAGGCAGCCCCGGCUCUGAAGGCCCGUGGGGGCUACCGGACAAGAUGGCGCGAGGCGGUGAUGCGGCCAGGAAGCCCCAUCACCCAGCAAGCGAAGGGGAGAAGGACUCCGGAUUCUCAGACGUGAGCUCGGAGUGCCUGAGCGCCGUGGAGCAGACGGACACCGAGGACCAGUCCAGCGACGUGUUGCGCCAGCUGGCUGAGUUGCAGAAGGCGCCACAGAAGGCGUUGGGCGGGCUGGCGGGCGGCGCCUUCACUGGCCUGGCCCCCGUUUACAUUGUCAAAAACAUUAUCCUCAAACAGCCCCAGGGAACAUCCCCCAGCACCCAGUUCCUGGCCUGGAGCAGCCAACAUCCCCUUGACGGCGCUGAGGGCUCCCCUGCCCGUGUCCUCUUGAUCCAGCAGCCGGUGGCCCCGCUGAAGGCCCUGCUUCCCGGCCACAAGUCCUCUGCCAAGGAGACCUACCUCCCCAUCCUCAGCAACUACCCCAAGAUCGCUCCUCAUCCAGGCCACGACCUGCAGACCAAGGAGGGGGGAGGGGGAGGGCCUGCUCCAGCAGGAGGCGCCAGUACGAACAAGCGCUUCUGCCUGGAGGAGGCCUGGGUGUCGUCGUCCGACCCGGCCGCUCCAGCCGACGGCGGGGACCAGCCGCCGGAGGAACGGCCCUCCGCCCUGCUCAGCCUCGAGGCUCUCUCCCAGAACAUGGUGAGCUCCUCCACCGGUUGGGACCAGGCCGAGGGGCGGAUGAUCUCCAAGGCCUCCAAGCGGCUGGGCUGCAGCAGCCUGGGCAAGCAGCGCCGCUUCCACAACACGGUGGAGAUCCUGCGGAAGUCGGGGCUGCUGGGCAUCACCCUGAGGACGAAGGAGCUGAUCCGGCAGAACAGCAGCACCCAGCGAGAGUUGGCCGAGCUGCGGGAGCACGCGCAGCUCCUCUGCGAGGCCGUCCGCAGCAACGACGGCCAGGCCUGGGCUCGCCUCCAGCAGGCCAUGGACCGCUCCGCCGCCUACUGGGGCAGAAAAGGGGCCGGCUCUGACGCGCAGCCCCUGGGGCCACGGACCCCGCUGGUGGCGGAGCCCGCGGGCCCCGGCCCAAAGGCCGGCCGAGAGCCCCUGCCCAGCUCGCCCCUCACGCCGGACACGUCCGGGCAGGUGGUCUUGCCUUAGCCCUGCCCUGCCGCAGCUGUCGUGCCCUGCGCUCAAGGGUGUUCUCCUGAAGAAUCCGUGUCUGGCCACCCAGGACUUGGCUCGCCAGCCUCCUGCAGCCGCUGUGGGAGAGCCCCCCCUCCCCCAUGCCUGGACGGCCAGCUGUUUGGGCGGCCCGUUGGCCGUUGAAGACUGAGGGGUGCUGGCAGGGACGGGGGGCGGUGUCUCCGAGACGCUGGCGCAUCCUGGGCGCUGGGAAUCUCUUCUCGGUUGGGGAGGGGAGUGGGCUGGGCUUCGCUGGCCAGGUUUGCGGUUGAAAUAGUGACGGGGAUUGUGUUCCAAGAGGCAGAAGGGGGAAUGGGGAGGGAUGGGAGGCCUGUGUGGAAAGGGAAGCAGCUCUUCUGUUUAUUCCCCCCACCCUCAGACACCUUGAAAGCAAUUGAUCCUGCGAGCGCCCGACACGCUCAAGGAGCUGGUGAUUUGAACCCAGGACUCUCCAGUCCUCCAUUCUCUCCUUCCGGCUGAGAUGCUUCUUCGCUGAAAAGGCGCGGUCACGAGGCUGCCUGGCUGCUGCCCGCCCCACUGGCUUGUUUUGGAGCGAGCAAACGAGGGGGGAAUGAGGCAGAUGGCUUUCUACCGCUGUUCCUUCCCGGUUGAGAGUUCUGCCUAAGUCGAAAGCUUGCCUUCUCUGCUGCCGCCGACAGAAGAUGGUCCUAUAAAGGAAAAAAAUCAUCUUGUUUUGUGCUAAUUGCUGGGACCAGAGCAGCGAAAGGCCGGCCGCCUCCUGUGCCUCAUGGCCACUUGCAGUGACCUUCCCUGGCCUGUGGUGGAAUUGCCCCGGUGGCCUUCGGGUUUUGAAGCUGAAAGAGCUGCUUGCCAAGAAAACGCGUCCCCUGCCUGUUGCCCCGGCUGCACGCCGGGAACGGAAGUCUCGUGAGCCAGAACGGGGACCGUGCCGCUGAUCAGCGCGCCCCUUUUCUCGGCUCUCGGCACAUUGGUUUUGUUUGGGUG